AGCCUCCGUCCCCAACCUGCAGAGGCUACAGCCAAGUGAGUCUUCAUCCCAUGAACCUCCCUAAAUGAGAAGCCCAGAAGACCUGGUGAAAGUUUCCUCUUAAGUUUUACGGAGAGAGACUCAGGUAUAGAACUACCCUUGCUGCCCUCUGACCUGGAGCCGGAGAAGCCAGAGCCAGCUCCAUUCCCAGGCUCGUCAUGUGCACCACCAGUUCCUGUGAUCUGGAGGAGAUCCCCCUGGAUGAUGAUGACACAGACAGCAUAGAAUUCAAAAUCCUGCUGUUCUAUGCCAGACACCAUGUCUUCAAGAACACCUCUGCCAUCUUCUCGCCAAGGCUGCUGAGAAGACAAGGUUUCUCCCAGAAAGGACCGAGGGGUUGGGUGGCAAAUGACUCACAGACACAGGUGUCAUGGCCUUGCAGAAAUUCCCCAUCCAGUGAGAAGCCCUUCAGCCCAGCCAAGAAAAAGUCCUCCUGGAGAACACUCUUUGGAGUCAUAGAAAAAGAGGAAGAUACCGAGCUCUGUGCGGAGGGCCAGACGGCAGCAGAACAGGAAGAUGGUCAUCGGAGCCAGCACUGGUCUAGGUCCCUUACUAACGUGGAACAGCACAGGGAGCAGGAAGCUGUAGACUCGAAAGUUGUUUCAAUUGCCAACCGCGUUGCUGAAAUUGUUUAUUCCUGGCCCCCGCCUGAGGAGCCCCACGACCCGGGAGGAAGCUGCAAGUCCAAAGGGAGUUUUGUCCAUCACUUCCUCCAGAACCAGGGCCUGUUGUCCCCGCCUAGAGGCGCCAGUGCUAAGAAAGACAGAGAAGAUCAGAUAAUAGCCAAAAUCGUUGAGCUGCUGAAAUAUUCAGGGGAUCAGUUGGAAAGAGAGUUGAAGAAAGACAAGGCUUUAAUGAACAGCUUCCAGGACCGGCUGUCCUACCCUGUUUUCAAGACCAUCACAGACCAGUUCUUAAGGGGUGUGGACACCAGGGGAGAAUCAGAGGUCAGAGCUCGGGGCUUUAAGGCUGCUCUUGCAAUAGACGUCACGGCCAAGCUCACUGCCAUUGACAACCACCCCAUGAACAGGGUGCUGGGAUUUGGAACCAAGUACCUGAAAGACAACUUCUCACCCUGGGUCCAGCAGCAGGGUGGAUGGGAUAAAGUACUUGGAAUAUCACAUGAAGAGGUAGACUGAAGCAUCAGAAGAGCUGUCAUCUGGAAUACUCUAACUGGGAUCCUGUCUACAUUGGUCUCAGCAUAGACUGUGGGAGAAAAUACAAAUGUGCAAGGCAGAGGGGACAUUAAAGUUUCCAAAAUCAUUGUUCCUGUGAAUCCAGAGGCCUCAGGAGAGGCCUUGUCUGUCUCCAGCUCAUAGAAUUUAGUAGCAUGGCCUGUGAUGUCCAUAUUUUUCAGGUCCUCCUUUGAAUGUGGUAGGAAGUCUAGGAAGAUAAGUGGUAAUUUUCCUUUCAAAUGUUUAGAACAGAAACUGUCAUCUUGCCUCUCUUGGCCACUUAAGGGAAAUUGUGUUACAGAUAUUUGCUGAUCCCAUGAGAGUGAAAUGAUAAAUCGUGCAUGUGCUUACUCUUCAGUUUCUAGUACUAUUUACUUUUAAACUACAUUUGGGGUGGCCUAAUAAUGGCAUUGUUUCAAAUCUACCUUUAGGAAGACGUUGCUAUUCAUGUUGGUAGAUGUAGUUCAGACUCCUGAGUUUACUACUAUAUCCACUGGUUUGGGGAGAUGCAGCCAUUAUCUGCCUUUUGACUCACUUUCCUAGAAAAAUUCUUUGGCAGUUUGAAAAACUUGCAUUUGGCAGAAAAUAAUUACUUCCACCACCCUCAACUGUCUCAGUGACCCCACCUCUAUUUCUCAACAUCUCUGAAACUUUCUUUAUUUUUUUGUGGUAGUGUAACGAUGAGUCCGUGGUAAAAUAAAUAUGUGGAAAGACCACUGUCAAAAGAGUAUCUUGUGGUUAAAAUAA